AUGGCAGGGUGUAUGAUGCAGCAUUUAGAUACAGCUUUGAUAACGGCAUUUGUGGAGAGAUGGCAGCCGGACACGAACACCUUCCAUAUGCCAUUUGGAGAGAUGUCGAUUCUUCUCCACGACGUGCAUCACAUUCUUCGUAUUCCAGUUGAGGGGGAGCUGAUGAGAGAUGAUCCGCAUCUAGAUGUUCUUAAGUUAGACAUGCAUGAUCUAGUUCGGGUCCCGGUGGAUGGUCCUGUUGGUGGUAAGUGGAAGUCGAAGUGGUUCCUUAAUGGUGGUAUACACGCAGAGGGAUUGUUGGUGCGUGGACGAGAAAUGAAGAUUAGGGACCUGGAGGUGCAGACUUACUUGUUUGUGUUGUUGGGAUCCACACUUUUUGUGGAUAAGAGUCGUGAUCGUCUCCGUCCUGCGAUCAAUGUAUUUCUGAAGGACCAGCGACGAGUGGCCGGUUACGCCUGGGGAGCUGCUGCACUCGCCUAUCUCUACAGACAGCUAGGGAUGGCCACACGAGUGGGAAGUAAGAGUAUUUUUGGUUGUUUGACUCUGCUUCAGACGUGGAUAUAUGAGUACUUUCCACUCUUCUGUCCGAGCCAGAUUCUCCAGGCUCCAGAUGCUCCUCGUGCUUCCUCGUGGGUGUGUCACCGCUUUGCAGGUGGUGAUGAUGCUAGACAGCGCUUGGUACAGUAUCGACAGAUGUUGGAUGAGAUGUCAGGGGAGGAUGUGUCUUGGACUCCUUACGGGUGA